CCCCGGAGACUCGGGUACCUGCAGGGCUGCGCUCCAUCGCUUCCUCGUUCGGACGCGUAACGGGCGGCGCUUUGGGCGUGGAUCUAUAAAACUAGCGGAUCACAGCGGACUGAAGAGAGUCUAACGGUCCUCUGCUUCAGCUCAGCUCACGAACAUCACGAAACAUGAACAAAAUCCUUCUCGGAGUCUUUGCAGUCGCCCUUUGUUUCGCAGCGGGCCAGGCGCUGCAGUGCUAUGAAUGUAAAGUGGGUUUUUGGAAUCUUUGCAUCACGUCCAAAAUAACAUGUAAUACUGGUGAGCGAUGCUUCAGCGGACUAGGGAAAGCUGCUAAAUUUGUUAACAUUAUAAAGAAAGGAUGUCUUGAAGUGGCCUCAUGCAACAAAACCGAACAGCUCAACUUCCCGAGCAACUCGACCAUCUUAUACGAGAUGACGAAGACGUGCUGCUCCACUGACCUGUGUAACUCAGCUCCGGGACACUUUCACGUGUCUGCCCUCAGCAUGGCCUUCACUACCGUCAGCUCCCUCUUCGUGGUCAAAUUCGUCUUCUGAGGAGGAUUAUUUCAGCUCGCACACACACACACACACACAAAAUAUACACACGCAACAUCACAGGGCAAAUCAUGCAUACUAAACAUGGCACAUUAAUUUGUUGCAAAGCAAUUUCUGGAAUGGUUGCUGGAAUAUGAAAAGAUUUUUUUUAGCAGAUUGCCAAAUAGUGAUCAUUUCAACACACCAUCAAUUUAACAUAGCAGGAAUUUAUUUUAUGUCAGCAAUGAAAACCAUUCCUGCCACGGAUAAGCACUUUGACCUAAUUAACAUUCAUUAAAACCAACAAUACAGACACACACACACACACACACACAUAUCAGCAUGCAAUCAACCAGAUUGUUUUCUAUUUCUUUAGGGGCACUUUGAGAAAUUAUACCCUAAUAAUAAUAAUAAUAAUAAUAAUAAUAUCCCAGAUAUUUUUUUCUUUAAGCAGUUUGCUGUUUAUUUUGUAUUAUUUUAUUUCUCCUGAUAUCUGCAUUUCACUUAUAAUACAUGGUUUCCUAAUAAGAGCAGAGGGUUUGGCUGUCAAAAACAUAAAUGCACAAUUGAUUUAGUUCAAAUGUUAGUAGUGUACGUGCCUGUUCAUUUACACAGCUUUAUCAAAGCCAUUUUUUGUAAAAUUCGUAAAGCUGUCAACAUUGUGUUUUUCCAUUUUGUUAAUUUGUUUGAUAAAGAUGACAUUCUUUAUUGAAAAAAAUGUGUGUAAAGGGCAAGAAUGAGUGGAGGUCUGCGGUCAGCAUGACCUUUUUAGUUGCCAUCGCAAUGUGUGUAAAAAUUGCAAACAUAGAGCAAUAAAACUGGAAUAAAAUUG